AUGUUCAAGUUAUUGUUGCGAAUAUGUGCCAGAAAAAGACAAUAUAUUACACAUUACAAUAAACAUUGUUUGCAUGCAAAGACUGAGGAGUCUAUGUUGACAGUAUCUCUCUCAGAUUUAAAACAACUUCUCAAGCAACAAUGUUCAAAUGUUUUGGAAGGAUACACAUGUAUGAUAACAGAUUGCCCUAUAUGUAGUGAUAUAAAAAAGAAAUCAAAGCUUUAUGUAAAUAAAACAACAGGAUUUUUUAUGUGUGAUAAAUGCAAGUCUGCAGGUUCCUGGGAUAUGUUAAAGAAAUUUUUAUCGAAGAAGACAAAUAAAGAUCUUGAAGAACUGAAUAUGUUGAAAACGAAAUGUUGCUUAAAAGAAAAUUUUGAAGAAACCUGGAAAUGCGUGACAAGUGAUUGUCAAAGCAUCAAGGAUCUAUCUGUUGAAGAAUAUGAAAAUUUGCUCAACAAUUUUUCAUUGCCUAAUAUUUCGCAAAAAGAUAUGUCUGAGCUAAAUUGUUUCUACAACAAAACCAGGAAUGUCUUGUAUUUUCCAUUAGUAGGAUUGAACAAUUCUAUAGUUGGAUAUAAAUCGCUUUUAACCAAUCCACAGAGAGAACAAACAGUUCCUGCUUUUGACGUUAGUGGAUGUAUCGAAUAUAAGCGACCUCGUAGUAAAAUUGAUGAUACUGUCGUAGUUGUGGAAAUGAUAGAUGAUUUGCUAGCUAUAAUAUCAAAGAAAUCUGCAAAUCUAAUUAUAUGUCUUCCAUACAAUUUAAAAUAUCUACCACAACAGUUGUUACCAUACAUGGAAUCCUUCAAAAAAUUAAUUUUAUGGUUUGGGAAUGAUGAAACAAGUUGGUAUACUGCUAGGCACUUUGCAAAAAAACUUAAUGAAAAACGAUGUUUCUUUAUUAGACCGAUAGACUCGCAACCUCGACCAAAGUUAGCUGUUGAAAAUAAUUAUGACUUUAAUACUAUUCUUCGAAAUGCUCAGCCUGUAUGGCAUAAAAAUAUAAUUACUUUUCAAGAACUUAGAGAAGAAGUAUUAAGUGAUUUACAAAAUAACGAUAAAGUACAGGGAGUAAAAUGGAAACGAUAUCCAGCUUUAAAUCGUUUAUUGAAAGGACAUAGAAGAGGUGAAUUCACUGUAUUGACUGGACCAACUGGUAGAUGUGGUAAAACAACAUUUGUGAGCGAAUAUUCCUUAGAUUUAAUAAUGCAAGGUGUUAAUACUUUAUGGGGUAGCUUUGAAAUAAGGAACACACGAUUAGCAAGGACAAUGCUGCAACAGAUGGUAGGUGUACCUUUGGAUGAAAAUCUUGGAAAGUUUGAUUCAUAUGCAGAUGCUUUUGAAAAGUUACCAAUUUAUUUUAUGACAUUUCAUGGCCAACAAAAUAUUAAAAUAGUAAUGGACGCAGUUGAACAUGCAACCUAUGUACACGACAUAGCACAUGUUAUAAUUGAUAAUGUUCAAUUUAUGCUGGGAAUAAGUAGUGAUUGGAAACAUAUGGAGAGAAUAAUAAAAUUUUGGGAACCUAGAUUUUGGAAACAAGAUGAAAUAAUAGCGAGAUUUAGGAAUUUUUCUACCGUGUAUAAUUGUCACGUAACCAUGAUAAUACAUCCACGAAAAGAACGUUUUAGCGAAGAACUAACAACUUCCUCAAUUUUUGGAAGUGCAAAAGCAACUCAGGAGGCAGAUAAUGUCCUGAUUAUUCAGGAUAACAGACUCACUAGUGUUCGAGGCAAAAAAUAUUUGCAAGUAGCUAAAAACAGGUAUAGCGGUGACUUGGGUAUUAUGCCGUUAGAAUUUGAUAAAUCAAGUCUUGGUUAUGCAGCACGACAAAAAGGUAAAGAAAAAAGCAACGAAACAACAGAAUCCUUACAAAAGGAGGAUGAGUGA